AUGAGGGGAUUGUGUGUGUCAAAGAUGAUUUACAUCAUGUGCAUUAUCGUAGCGUGUGCAAAUGCAGUUCACGAAUUCAAUAGAGAUGAUGAAAGCAUGGUUGAAAUAGUCUUGCUGGAUGAAGAAUCAAAGAGUAUGCCGCAUAUACAUUUAGAGGCAGAAACGGUCCGCAAUUCAAAGAAAAAUACAGACAAAGCAUUGAGAGAUCUUCUAACAAUUCUUCUUGGCCGCAUUCUUGCUGAAAAUGCAAAUAAGACAGUAGACAAACCAAUGGAUGAGUCACAAUCCAGCUCUAUCCAAAGCAAGCAUGAUACACAAAUGAUUGCAAGCAGCAAAGAUGCAGCACAAAAAAAUAAAGAAACGCCGUUAAACAACACCAAGGCAAGCAUUGAAAUGCUUAAGAGCAUAGAGCAUAUCCCCAUGAGUUAUGGUUUACUUUGUACAUUUUUCCACAAUAUCAGUUUCAUCAAAGAAAGGCUCAGAAACAAGCCUGGGAUAGGAAUUGUUCGUAAUGUAAUUGUAUAUGACAACGGUGGCCAAAUAACUGACUACUGGGGUAGAUUGGUGUUCAGAGCACAAGAAAACAGGCUUGUUGAUGAGACUGGGUAUUUUGAGGGAGUCAAAGUUGCCAAGUUUGAACAUGUACUAAAAGAUGGUAAGAUGACAGAGUCCGGAUUGAUUCAGAAGCGUGGCAUUCCUUCCACAGAGGCUGUAGAUGCACUUAAUACCAUAAAGCUCCUACUUAAUGAGGUUGCAAAUGAAAAAAAGAUUCCGCUUCACAACCUGAUCAAUAAAAACUGUAUAUCAUCAACAGUGGAGGAAGUAGCAUUCCAUGCAAUGCAUCCUUCAAUAAAAACAGAAGAGAUAGCGUAUGUAUGUGUAUGCUCAGACUCGUUCUGCAAAGAACCAUGUAAAGAAGUCAUUCAAAUGAAGAAAAAGGACAUAAUAAAUAGAAAUAGCUAG